AUGGACAGUCUUCAUCCAGAUUCUGCUGCGGCUAUGACCGCACACCGUCGUGAGGCGGUUCGCCUUGCGCAGCAACAACAGAAAGCAGUUGUAGAGAUGUGCAAGAGAUCCAAGCAACCAGAACCUGACUAUGGCUUCGAUGAGCUGAUCGGGAAAGGGAGUUUUGGAAGAGUCUACAAGGGACGCCAGCUUUCCACAGCCAAAGUUGUUGCCAUCAAAGUGCUCGAUAUCGAUGAGGCCGACUUCCACGCCUUUGGAGAUUCGAAAGACGAGCAGAUUCGAGAUUUCAACCGUGAGAUCCGCAUUUUGCGGCAGGCCCAAGAGAGUGGCGCACAGAACCUUAACCGGAUGAUCGAGGCGUUGCCUGUUCACAGUCAGCUCUGGAUGGUGUGUGAAUAUUGUCCCGGUGGCAGUGUGAAGACUUUGAUGCGAGCCACCGAGGACAAAUUAUCCGAAAAGUACAUCAUCAUUGUGGCACGAGAGUUGGCAAAGGCUCUGAAAGGCUUGCAUGAAGCUGGCAUCAUACACAGAGACGUGAAAGCCGCCAAUGUCCUCAUUCAUCAGGAGGGCCGCCUCGAGCUGUGUGACUUUGGAGUGGCUUCCAUCUUGGACACUCAAACAGACAAGAGAAAGACAUUCAUUGGGACUCUGCACUGGAUGCCGCCAGAGUUGUGGACAGAUAAUCCUGAAUAUUCAGACGAGGUCGAUGUCUGGGAGUACGGCUGCACCAUCUACGAGUGUGCCAUGGGCAAACCUCCAAAUGCCGAUCUGCGUGAACGCCAACAAUUGAAGAUGAGGAUGAGACGGAUGAAGCAAGCACUAUCUCUUCCGGACAGCGGGGAGUUCAGUGAUGGAUUACGUUCACUUGUCUCCUAUACCCUCACUCCAGACGCCUCCACACGGCCUUCGAUGAAGGAUGUCCUUGAGCACGAAUUCCUCCGAGACACCGAAGAGACUCACCCAACAAGCAUGCUGACCGAGCUCGUCGAAACGUACUAUGCGUGGCUUUUCCAAGGCGGCCAGAGAGUGUCCCUAUUCAUGCCCGGCGGCGCUGCCGCUGCUCCUAUACCUGGAUCCGAGGCCGACAUCGACGCCGACGAUGAGUGGAACUUUAGCAUGACUCAAGAUUUCGAGCGACGUGUCUCUGCCAUAUUGGAGAUUCCAGACUUCACAGGCAUGAGCUCUGACGAGACCAUGGAGGGAGAAGAGACACCGAAGGGGCUCCGCAGACCUGGGGAACUGUUGCCACCAAAGGAAAUGACGGCCGCUCAAAAGGCAAACUUCGAGGCCCGCGUCAAGCGAGGGGCAGAUCUUUCGAACCUCUUCAACCAGGACCAGCCCGCGUACGAAUACAAGACCAAGACCGAUUUCAUUCCUAUCCCAGAACAGCGUCGAAUAUCCGACUUACCUUUCCGGGCCAUGGCUGAAGACAGACCGAGCUCGAUUGCGUCGGUCGCCAUCGACCUUGGAGACUUUGACGAAGCGGACUACGCUAUUGCUGCAGCACCUCCAAGAACGGAGGAUAAAAUCCAGACGGUGUUCGCGGGGACACCCAUGAGAGAAGAGACUAUCCGACUUGCUGAUGCAUCGACACUUCGCGAAAAGCGCGCAAACUCCAAAGGGCCUCGAGACCCCAACAACCAAUCUCUGACUGCGAGAAGAGCUUCGUCGACAGAAGAACUCCCUUCAAGCACCGCACAACGCGACUUUGCCACAUCCCAGGAAGACUGGACUGUUAAGAACAGAACCAAAGCGCCUGAGCUCCAAGAGCCCGCGGAAAUCACAUCGUCACGACCCGGCCACGCAACCAUGGACUGGUCCUUUGCAAGCGCAAUGUCUGAAGCUGCAGUGAGCAUCCCGCAAAUCAACGUCCCAGACGAGGAACCAAAGCAAGACGCUCCAGGUCCGACUGAUGAAGAAACGUCCGCAGCAGCGGACCCUGAAAAGAAAGCCAGAAAACACGCGACAAUGGAAUGGUCCUUCUCGACGGCGAUGGCCGAAGCAAAAGCCACGGAAGAUGAGCAGCAAACCUCCGAAGCGUCUCCUCCUAGCGAAGUCUCCUAUCAAAAGCCCAUCCCUUCAUCCCGCCCAACACCCACCCGUCCCGCACCACUAAUGCGCCAAAUGACCAUGCCCGUCACACUGCAAGACUUCACCGCCGCCGAAGAGCAAGAAAUCCCCCGUCCCUCGACCGCACUGUCAGAAGCAUACAGUGACGUCUCGGCCUCAUCCACGGACGUGGAUCCAUUCGGUCUUGAGCGCGAGGACGUCGACGGCGACCACCCCGGCCCGGCCACCAUGGACGAAGACGUACACAUGGGGCAAUUCUAUUCCGGGCGCGGACGCACCAUGUUCUCUCGACGAUCUUCGGGGGUGAACACGCCGUUGACGGCGAACGGACCGGGCCCAACGCCGUAUGCAAUGGGACGGCCUGCGCGGAUUGGCGAGGACGGCUUCCCGGGUCCAGGCCAUGCCCAUCCAAACGGGCUGCCCAAUGCGCAUCGCGCAUCCGACUCGUCGCAGCUCUCGACCGCGACCGCCAUCCCUGUCGGGAUGAGGAGUCCCGUUGUGGCGUGGGUUCCGCCGGUCAGCCCGCCGAGCAUGGCGGUGAUGGCGGCGAACGCGUCGAACGAGGACGUCGAGGCCGAGUUGACGCGGUUGUUGGAGAGCAUGCAGGGCACGUUGAACGUGGCCCGGGAGGUUGUCGGUGGGUUGGAGAGAAGGAUGGACGUGGAGGAGGGGGAAGAGUGGGUGAGUGAGGAGGAGGAGGAGGAGGAGGAGGAAGAGGAGGAGGAGGAGGAGCAGUGA